GCCCCCGUCCGCUGCCGUUUCUGGCCGAAGGAGGCGGACGCGAGAGUACGGCAGAGAAACGGCCUCAGACCAACCUUUGUCAGCAAAACUACGGCGCGCCGCAGAGUGCUGCGGAGGGGGCUGGCUUCCACUCCGUGGAAGUCACAUGACAGGAAGUAGUCUAGAAGAAGCGGAAGUAGCAUGUGCCGGAGGAGGCGGGGGUAACCCAAACUUGGAGGAAAGGCUCGGAGUCGGGCACACCUAGCAGCCAAAAUGAAGGUGAAGAUGCUGAGCCGGAACCCGGACAACUAUGUCCGCGAAACCAAGCUGGACUUACAAAGAGUUCCAAGAAACUAUGAUCCUACCUUACAUCCUUUUGAAGUCCCGCGAGAGUAUGUAAGAGCUUUAAAUGCUACCAAAUUGGAACGGGUAUUUGCAAAACCAUUCCUUGCUUCCCUGGAUGGUCACCGAGAUGGAGUCAAUUGCUUGGCAAAGCACCCAAAGAGCCUGGCUACUGUCCUUUCUGGGGCAUGUGAUGGAGAGGUUAGAAUUUGGAACUUGACUAAACGAAAAUGUAUCCGUACGAUACAAGCCCAUGAGGGUUUUGUACGAGGAAUAUGUACUCGCUUUUGUGGGACUUCUUUCUUUACUGUUGGUGAUGACAAAACUGUGAAGCAGUGGAAAAUGGAUGGACCAGGCUAUGGAGAAGAGGAGGAACCGUUGCAUACAAUAUUAGGAAAGACAGUAUAUACAGGGAUUGAUCAUCACUGGAAGGAAGCUGUUUUUGCCACAUGUGGACAGCAAGUAGACAUUUGGGAUGAACAAAGAACAAGUCCUAUAUGUUCAAUGACCUGGGGAUUCGACAGUAUAAGCAGUGUUAAAUUUAACCCGAUUGAGACAUUUCUCUUGGGAAGUUGUGCUUCUGAUAGGAAUAUAGUACUAUAUGACAUGAGGCAAGCUACUCCCCUGAAAAAGGUCAUCUUAGAUAUGAGAACAAACACAAUUUGUUGGAACCCUAUGGAAGCUUUCAUUUUUACUGCAGCAAAUGAAGAUUACAACUUGUAUACUUUCGAUAUGCGUGCACUGGACACUCCUGUAAUGGUACAUAUGGAUCAUGUAUCUGCGGUGCUUGAUGUGGAUUAUUCUCCCACUGGGAAAGAGUUUGUGUCUGCUAGUUUUGAUAAAUCUAUUCGAAUCUUUCCUGUGGACAAAAGUAGAAGCAGGGAAGUCUAUCACACAAAGAGAAUGCAACAUGUUAUCUGUGUAAAAUGGACUUCUGACAGCAAAUAUAUUAUGUGUGGAUCUGAUGAAAUGAACAUUCGUCUGUGGAAAGCUAAUGCUUCUGAAAAGUUGGGUGUGCUUACAUCACGAGAAAAAGCAGCCAAAGAUUAUAACCAGAAAUUGAAAGAGAAAUUUCAACAUCAUCCUCAUAUAAAACGCAUUGCUCGUCACCGACAUCUACCAAAAUCCAUCUACAGUCAGAUUCAGGAACAGCGCAUCAUGAAGGAAGCUCGUCGACGAAAGGAAGUGAAUCGUCUCAAACAUAGCAAGCCUGGAUCUGUAUCGAUUGUGUCGGAGAAGAAGAAACACAUAGUGGCAGUUGUGAAAUAACACUUGGUAUUCCUACGUUCCUGAUACAUGAUGAUUUGUUACACUUUGAUUUGCAAAUGUAAAUAAAAAUACUGGCUCUAGAAUAAUAACGAACAGUUCAGUUACAUGUGUAGAGGAAGUAAAAACUGUCCUGAAAGGUG